AAUAUAUGUCAAUAUCUUCUGAUUAGUGUAGAUCUUCUAUUUAUGGACAUUGUAUAUUUAGCUCCUGAAUGGCAAGUAAGUAGGUCCUAGUUUAGAGCCUUACCUUAUGUAGCUUAGCUUGUAUAUAUCAUUGGGGAAAUUGGUGGUGAAGGGCAAGGAAAUAACUUCUUUCAUGGUAUCAGAUUUCUAGCAAAAGAUCCUACCUCUUCCACACCCUAGCCGCCCAUCUUCUUGCUCCAUUCUUUCAACUUCUUCUCCACAUUCUCCACCUCCAUGGGUGACUCAAAGUCAUCUUUCCACCCUGCUCUUGCUGUUUCAAACAUCAAGAAUCUUGUUCCUAUCACUCUUGAGAUGGAGAACGUUCAAUAUGCGACAUGGGCGGAGCUCUUCAAAAUUCACGCAAGAUCCCAUAAGGUCCUUGAUCAUAUUAUUCCUCCGGCUUCGGGCAAGGAGAAGAUGCCUAAGACCGACGAGGAGAAGGAACUGUGGUCCACUCUCGAUGCAACAGUUCUUCAGUGGAUCUACGCCACUAUCUCACAUGAUCUGUUACACACCAUUCUUGAACUCGACACCACGGCAAUGGAGGCUUGGAAUAGGUUGCGUGAUAUCUUCCAAGAUAACAAACACUCCCGUGCCGUUACACUUGAGUAUGAUUUCACUCACACACAAAUGGAGAAUUUCCCAAAUGUCUCUGCUUACUGUCAACAUCUCAAGUCGUUGUCGGAUCAACUUAAGAGCGUCGGCUCUCCGUUGGACAAUACAAAAGCGGGACUGAAGAAGGCGACUCAGACCACCGAUUCUGCCAUGGUGGCCCGUGACUUGGAUGAUUCCCACGAGAAUGUUGAUCAACAUUCUAACCACCGUAAUAAUUAUGGUGGGAAACGGCACCAACACCGAAACAAUUCUGGGAAGCAGCGUUCUUCGUCCGGUGGUCGUGGCGGCGGCAAAGGCAGUUCUGGUAGUAGCUCCAGUGGUGGGGGCAAAGGCGGCGGCACCAACAGGUACGGUGGCCGGCAGCAAGCCCUGUAA